UGCAAUCACGCUGAGUUUGCAUCGUUUAUUGCUCUUAGUUGCAUCGCUAUCGCGAAGGGCAGACGCCAUAGAGUAAUAUAAUAUAUAUGGCAGACGCUUCAGAGUUUUUUUGUCUAAUAAUUUAUACCUACUUACGUAUUCUAUAAUGGUGGUGCGCACAAACUGUUGUGUUUAUGGAUGCAAAACUUCAUUUAAAUCCAAGGACAUAAAGUUUCAUAGAUUUCCUCGCGACGAGAGGCGCGAAUUAUGGAUAGAAGCUUGUCAAAGACCGGACUUGAAGAGUAAAACAGUUGAACAAUUAUAUCGCAAGUAUGUAUGUGGUUUACACUUUGAAAGAUGGAUGUAUAUGAAAAAAAAACUAAAGAGCACUGCUAUUCCCGUAGCAAACUUACCUUCAAAACAUCCUAUGAGUACACAAACUGAGACUGCAAAAAUAGAGAUUAUAAAAGAUUUGACAACCAGAGGUGUUCAACAACAGACCGCUUGUGCUUCCGUAAGCGUAUCAGUUGUGGCAUCCACUAGUGCCCAAGCAUCGCAGACUACAAAAAAAUUGACAGAUCAGACUCCAAAACAAGUUACAAGUUGUGUGAAAAAGUUGAAGUUGAUGGAAGAAGCUAAGUCGACGGACGUCACUUAUGAACAGUUCUUACGAGGAUGUGACAAGUUCUUAUCACCGAAUCUAAGUCAAAUUGUCAAAGCACAAGCGCAAAAGCCAAUUUAAAACCUCAUUCUAGAAAUAACAGAUAUUCUAAAGAAUUUAAAAUGUUUUGUUUAAUAUUUAUUACUCAAGU